UGUUCAUUGAUGACGCACAUGUUUCACGUCCACGUUGGUUACACAUGGAGUGAAAUAUUUUAUAUCGUUAGUUCUUUGCACAGUCUUUUUUGAAAUGAAGUAAUGAAGGCUGUUUAAUAUUCCACUUAAAAAUAAGCAUUAAUAUUUGCAAAUAUGCUCGCCGAUACCCCAACAAAUAGCCCGUGGCUCUGUGAGGCUGUGAUGUUGGGUCACAACAUGAGAAGUAAUUUUUCAGAAUCGGAGUUAGCAGGAAUACAUGGCGAUUAUUUAAACAGGAUGAAGAAAUCAUCUCCGACCUCCAGUUCUUGUCCAAGUGAGGUGAGUUCGGAGUGCAGCGAGAACUUGAACAGCACAUUUUUCAGUGAAAACAGCUCCGACUGCGGAGACGAGAUUCCUCUGGACAUAGUAGCAGAGCUUCAGGAAACACUGUUUGGUGAUAUAUCAUCGUCUCUGGUCAACAUUUUGGAUAUUGUUGAGGAAGACACUUGUCUACUGGACGAUGAUCAUUGGACGUCAGCAUUAGAAUCCAUAUCCACGGUCCCAGAUCUCACUAGCCCCGCCCCCUGUUCCUCUACAGCCUCUGGUCACAAAUCUACCCCCCAGCAAAACAGGAAGAAACCAGUCAACUUCAAAACGGCCAGAUGGAGUACGCUGUGUGAUGAUGAGAAAGCCUCAGUCAUAGAGGAGCUGAGUCGGGUGAUCAGUAAUGAACUCGGUCUACGGGAACAGUUAGAGGUGAUCCGAAUCAUAAACCCUUCCGCAGAAGUAUCACCUACAGACAAGGAGUUUGUUAUAGACAUAUACUCUAUAGACGAAGGAAAAUUAGAGAAAAUACAGGAGUACAUAGCAGGACAUGCACAGAGCCCAUGUAUACCCAGCAAGGAUAGCUCAGAAGUCUCACCAAAGAAACACAGCAAACAGGCAAAUAAAAAACAGAGUAUACAAGAAAAGAAAGUGAGACAAAAAUUUUACAAACAACGACAACGAAAGGAGUACCGUCAGAUGUUGAAGGAGAAGCGCAGCGGUUUGUUUGCGCAGGAGGAAGUGUUGUCAGUGUCGGAGAUAGAGCCGGGGGACGGGGAGGGAGACAUAGAUAUACUGGGAUGACAGACUCUAUAAUCACCGCCCUCAGACUGCCAAUACCGUGUUUGAAAACAGUGUUCGACUUCACUAGGAUCAUCUCUUUCAUUCAACACAUAGCAGUGCUAAUUCCUUAUAAGGGAGAUAAACAGCAAUAUUUUUUGGAGAAUAGUACUUGUUUGUAUUUUUUGUAAAGACUUAUCAGAGUUGUUGGCCUUUCUUUCUGACAUUAUACAUGCAUUUGGAUACAUUACCAUUAUGUUUUCUCUUUUUCUAUAACUUUGAAAGUUGCUCAGUACUUUAAUAGUGCUAAAAUUAUAUAUUUGUUUUAAAUUUUAUUGUUUUACAAAUUGAUAUUCAUUUUAGUACAAACAUUAAUGCAAAACAAACAAGUAAAAUUGUUUCCCCAAUAUUGUCAUUUAAUACAUCAAUUUUCUAUAUUAUUCAAAUUUUGUACACUGUGCCAACAAGUUUUAGCUGUUACCCCUGAAAGAAGUUCCUUUGAAAUGUAACACUGCUUUAAUGUCCAUGUAAACAUUAAUUAUUGGAAAUGAAUAAUGUUUUCCACUCAAAUGGAAUAGUCAUGGUAAUUAAAUAAAUUUACUUUAUAAUGUG